CCUUAAUAAAGUUAGGCCCAAUUCAUAUAUUCCAAUUUCCAAGCUUUUUUUCUAGGCCUUUGUAAAGUUAGACCUUAAUUCGUAUGAUUCCAAACUCUUUUUAAGUUCAAGGUUGGGCUUGCACUUGCUAAAAAAGAUUUGGACAAACUCGUCUUACUUUGUAAGGGUACGAGCCUGUGAGGAACGUUACUUGAUGAACCCGAUAAACGCAAAUCAACCAACCAACCCUGGUUGACACCUCAUUGCAACCUUUAUGGACCCGAUUCAAUUGCGGUGGUGUGAAUCAGCCACAUGAUCCAUCUUGAUUCACACCAAGAUUCAAUUGCGUUAAAUUACCAGAUGAACCGGACAAACCCGAUUCCCCAUACUAAACACCCCUCUCACACCCUAAUAAAUGGGUGAAAACCGUUAAUGCAUUAAUAUUUCUAUAGUUGAGUGAUUCAUAUAAAACACAGGUACUUGUUAAAAUAUCUUUAUAGUUUAGGGAUGCUGCCGUAAAUAUAAUAUAAAAAGAAACCGUCAUCCCUGAGAAAGAGUUAACCUGACCCCAAUAUUAACGGCCAUACCAUUACCAAGCCCUCUUCUCAUUCCCAUUACAUCUUCUUCCCUUGAUCGCAUCAUCUAUCGCUACAGAUAUGGAAGAUUACAGAAGACAAGGUGGAAUUCAGCAAUUGCUAGCUGCUGAACAAGAAGCUCGACAAAUCGUCAAUGCUGCAAGAACUGCAAAAUCGAACAGGCUUAAACAAGCCAAGGAUGAAGCUGAAGAUGAAGUAGCCAAAUAUCGAACCCAAAUGGAGAAAGAAUACCAGAAAACAGUCUCGGAGUCAACCGGUUUUUCUGGAGUGAAUGUAAAGCGACUCGAUGAAGAGACGGUUAAAAAGAUCGAUCACUUGAAGAAACAAGCUGCAAAGGUUUCGCCAGAGGUCGUCAAGUUGCUUAUGAACCAGGUUACUAAUGUCUAGAUUUAAUUUAUUUUAUUUACUACUGUCACUAAAUUCUUGUUUUCGCGAUAAAUAAGAUUGUUUAUGCAGCAUUUAUUUUUCAGAUAUGAACAUCAUUUUGAAUGUGUUAAUAAAGCCAUGACAUCGUUGCAAACU